AACUUAUUUUGUAAUAAUCUAUUUUGUAGGUAAGAACCAAUCAGUUUUGAUUACAACUUAUAUCUAUUUGUACCAAAUAAAUUAACUUUUAUCUUGGUUUAAUUUACUCUUUAUUUUUUUCUAAUGCUAAUCUCUUUCAAUAUAGAUUAAGUCUUGGUUUAACUUCUUUAUUUUUUUUUAAUUUUUAUAACUAAAAGAUAAAAUAGUAAAUUAACACUUAGUACUUUGGUACUGCAAAACAAAAAAAUUAACAGAAAGAAUGAUCUUAAUAUUUUCACAAAUACCAAACGUGACGUAGCAUUUUGAGUAAACUAAUGCAUUACAUGUAUUAUAGAUUUGCUAUACAUUUGUUGACAUAGAAAUAAAACACAUUGCGAAUUCAGCAACAUGAUUAUUUAUACAUGCAAUCGGUUGAGGACAUUUAAAAAAAGGAAAUGGUUAGCAAUAACGAUACAUUAUACUGUUUGUGAUAUAACAGCAAUAUGGCAACAACAAAUGAUUGAUAACAAUAAAUUGAUGUUGAUACGUUGCUAUCAAUUUGCCAUUGUUAAAAAUAGAAUUCGUAUAAGUUCAACCUAGCAGACAUAAUGCUGUCUUAUCUUGUUCCGAGUUAGUCUAAAUUAGUUGCUGCAACGAUUGUUGGCAAUAUGAUUGCAACAUUAAAACAUUUGGUUAAUUUUGGUUACUAAUGGAGCGAACUAAACGCGUCUCUGAAAGAUUAUUAUGUUUUAUAAUUAUAUAUAAUAAUUUUUUUUUACCAGCAAUGUAAGCGUGCGUUUAAAUUUCUUAUCGUGUUGUUAUCGAUGCAAUCAGUGCGCUUGCUGGUUACGGGUCGUCAAUUCUCCCCACGGUGCGUUUGUAAAAAAAAGAAUAAGAAAAAUAAUUUGUUACCUGUCUUCUCGCGAGAGGACAGAUAUAAUCGCCCAGUCCUCGAUAAUGACGUGUGUUGUCAGCUCGACGUGAGAUGAAGCGAGUCGUGAUAUUCGGAAGUACAGGAGUCAUCGGCCUCUGCUCUCUGAGGACCGCAGUAGAAAAAAGUAAUUUUUAUUAUCCUGUUCAUUUUUUUAAAAGAUCACCAACAACACGCAGCGACAAUUUACGUGGUCUAGAAGUGCGAGUUUUGGUAAGGGAUAAGAAUAAGAUUCCUAAAGAUCUUAUAGAUAAAGUUGAAGUAGUUGUUGGAAAUGUUACUAACGCGGAAGAUGUUGCAAAGGCGGUAGCUGGUACAGAUGCUGUCGUAGUAAUACUUGGAACCGGGAAAGACUUAAGUCCUACUACUGUACUAUCUGAAGGCAUGCAAAAUAUAAUAAAUGCUAUGAAAGCGCAUAAUGUUGAACUAGUCUCCGUAUGUCUAUCGGGAUUCUUGUUUUACACACUUGAAGAAACGCCUGCUGUAUGUAAAGACGUGACUAUAGAACAUCAGCGCAUGUUUGAUAUAACCAAAUCAAGUGGCUUAAAGUAGGUGGCGGUAUUUCCACCAUAUGUUAUAGAUUUUAUUUUUCUCUUUAGAAGCACCAAAGUUCAAGUACACUGUUACGAUUGAUUCUGUAGCUGGACGAGUAAUUUCCAAACACGACUUGGGUGACUUUCUCGUUGAAUGUAUUGAGAAUCCUGAUUAUUACCAAAAGAUAGUCGGCCUCGCAAACACAGCAUAAGAUGUGUAGGAAUGUAAAGAUACAUGAAUAAUGACAUGCAUGUAUCUUUACAUUCCUAUGUAUUUUUUUAGUAGAAAAAUAAAUAUGUAUAUUUAUGUAAACUGUUAUCAUGUUUUAAUAAGUUUGCCUUUUACUAUUACUUUACAAUUGAAUUUGAAGAAAAUGGCGAGCAUACCAUAACUUCACAGACCAAUCUGUUUUUUACUGUUAUAUAACUAAAUAAAACAUUCAGAAAUAUAAUUAAUCUGUAGAAAAGAAAGGUGGUAUUAUGGCCACUUUGGACAAUAUGAUAGGAUAUACCACUUACCCCGACAGGAAAAGAUUUAUAAAAUUGUAUAACAAAAGAAUUGUAAAAAAUUUAUAAUCUGUCAUUAUGAAGGCGUAGUUGAGAAAAUAGAUGUAGAAACAUUAACCUUUUAUAAAACAUUAAUAAAUUUGCGCAAUUAAAUUUUGAAAUGAUAUGUUGGCAUAACAAUAACGAUAUGGCGAAUCAUCUUAACAGCACAUUUGCAAAAUUAAAUUUAGAAAUAAAUUGUGCAGUAAUUGAGAAAAAUAUUUCAGUCGUAACAUGUUAAAACAUUUAGAAAUAUAAUUGUGCACAAAAAACUCAAAUUAUUCCCCAAUUAUUCCUAAAUUAUGAUGUACAAAUAUAAAAACAUGAAAUGUGUAAUAUUGUAUGUUUCAAUAUUUGUGCAUUAUAAUGUAGGAAUGAUUUAACAGUUUCUGACUGCUAUUAUUACUAUCAAUGAGAUACUUAACUCUCCAACAGAUGCAACUAAUCUGUUAGACAAAAUGCCUUUUUUUUAAAUCUUAUUAAAUUUAUUAAAUGUCUAGUGAAUAAA